CCUCUCUUCGUCCGUCGGCGAGGUGAGCGCGGGGCCGCCGGCGGCGCCGGGGUCGGGCCGGGGGGGGCCGCGACCCCCGCCCGCUUCCCCAACCCUGUCACUCUCUUCCCGGCAGGUCCCCACGGCCCGGAGCCGCCAUGGGCCGACGCCCGGCGCGAUGUUACAGAUACUGCAAGAACAAGCCGUACCCCAAGUCCCGCUUCUGCAGGGGGGUCCCUGACCCCAAAAUCCGCAUCUUCGACCUGGGGCGGAAGAAGGCGAAGGUGGACGAGUUCCCCCUCUGCGGGCACAUGGUGUCGGAUGAGUACGAGCAGCUGAGCUCGGAGGCGCUGGAGGCCGCCCGAAUCUGCGCCAACAAGUACAUGGUGAAGAGCUGCGGGAAGGACGGGUUCCACAUCCGCGUGCGCCUGCACCCCUUCCACGUCAUCCGCAUCAACAAGAUGCUUUCCUGCGCCGGCGCCGACAGGCUGCAGACGGGGAUGCGGGGCGCCUUCGGGAAGCCGCAGGGGACGGUGGCGCGGGUGCACAUCGGGCAGGUCAUCAUGUCCAUCCGCACCAAGGCCCAGAACAAGGAGCACGUGGUGGAGGCCCUGCGCCGCGCCAAGUUCAAGUUCCCGGGGCGGCAGAAGAUCCACAUCUCCAAGAAGUGGGGGUUCACCAAGUUCAACGCCGACACCUUCGAGGACAUGGUGGCCCAGAAGCGCCUGAUCCCCGACGGCUGCGGCGUCAAGUACGUCCCGUGCCGGGGGCCCCUCGACCGCUGGCGGGCCCUGCACGCCGCCUGAGCCCCCCCCCGCGGGGUCCCCCCGCCCCCGGCGGCUCCUGGGGAGCCCCUCGGCCCCCCCGCGGCUGGGGGGGCACCCCAGGAGCCCUCAGGGACCCCCCCCCCAGAGCAGGGUGGGGCCUUUGUCUGGGUUUGUGGGGGGAACCUGGCAGGAAUAAAGCUGUGUGGGGCCCUCCCCCCCCC